AUAACGAUCUAGUUUGCUAAUACAACCUAUCUUUGGGUCAAAUGCUGUUUGACGUGUUUCAUACCGAUUGUUGGGCCGUUCGUGGCACAUAAUGAUUUUGACUACGGAUAACUCCGUUUACCCGAUCAAGAUAUAGGGUUCACGGCGGGUGUGACUGGUCGACAGGGGAUGCUUACUCCUCCUAGGCACUUUAUCCCACUUCUGCUAUAUCCAGGGGUCCGUGUUUGCCCAACUAUCUAUUUUGAAUUGAUUAUAGGAGUUAUGAGAUUGAUCACUAUUCGUUAUCUUCACCUUUCUUACAGUAAUAACAGUGAGUAUUCUAUCCAAAGCCUACCGUGACUUUAAUGAUUAUAUCCUAAAUAUCCGUGACUUUUACUUCAAAAGGAAAAGUCACUAUUUGUUGUAAACGUUUUAAGUUUAGCAUGAUGCCAGGAUCGAGAAUCGAACUCGGGUAACCUGAUUGUAAACAUAAAAUGUAAUGUGUAAUCUUAAUUGAAUAUUUUAGAAGCAUGAAAUCAAAAUUACCAUCGCAUAUAUAAACAACUAUUGAUGACAAGAAAACAGCGAAAUUGAAAAUAUCAGUUUCCUAUACUCUCUUUCUGUAAUUUAAGACACAUGCAAACACACAAUCAAAACAACCUGUUCACGUGGUCAUGCAAUUUCGUUAUUUAAUAACAAUGUCAACCACAUAAAAGUCGUUAAAUUUAUUCAGGCAUCAGAGUGUAUAACAAAUCUCUUGUCUUCCAGAAAUUAGAUGGUAUUCAAAGAUGAUGUUUUCUCUGUUUUGCCUUUACAUUGCAGCCAAUGUCCUUCCAGCGAACGCUAACGCACUGCCAGGAAAACCUGUCGAUUUUGUUGUCUUCCAAGAGAAACUUCACGAUGUUCAUGCCGGAUUUCAAAAAUCCGCCAAAGCAAAUGGUUAUUUGUUGACGGAAACACAUUUUGAAACAAAAGUUAAAACCAUUUGUACCCAUUCAGGAUGUUCGUCAUCUGCAGAAGAAAAGAAGGAGAAUGACAGGGAAUGUCCCAAGGACUGGAAAAAAUUCUCAAGGAACUGUUAUAAGCUUCUGUCUGACAAAAGGGCUUGGAAUUCAGGAAAGAGCGCAUGCAAAACACUCAAGGCAAAUUUGGCUGACAUAAUAUCAGAAAGUGAACAUCUAUGGCUUUAUAAGACAUUUACAGGUUUAAAACAUUUCGCUUGGAUCGAUGCCUCAGACAAAGCAAAGAACGGGAAGUGGAGGUGGUCUUCUUCUGGCAAGAUGUCGACGUAUACUGCUUGGAAUGAGGAACCCAAAGAUUCAAGUGGCAAAAAAUACUGCCCUUAUGUUUAUGCACGUGGAGGAAAACUCCAUUGGAGCGUAACAAAAUGCGGGGUUCACCAACUUCAAACUUUAUGCAAGAAAAAGAGAUAGACAAGGUGGAACAAGAGUGAUAACGCUGCUGAAUUAAAUUGCUAAAUUUACUAUUGGUUUUACAGAUUGCCAUCGAUCAUCAAGUUGUUAAUGAACUCUUUUGACAUAGAACGUUUGCACAGAAAGCAUAGUAUUCUUUUUACUGGGCAUUUAGUCAUGAGUGCUGACGUUCAAAAUUUUCGUGCAACUGAAG